GACUUGCUGAGAAGAAAAAGGUUUCAGCCAGAGAAAGAAUGGGGUGGGGAUGAAUAGGUCUAAAGUUCAUUAUAGAAGAAACUGUCAAAGAAUUAAAAAAUAAAGUCAUUUUAUUUUGAGGACAGAGCAGAGGUCGAGCGAGGGGCCGGGAGGAGAGGAGGGAGGGAAACUUCUGUCAGGAUAGAAAAAAAUUAAAAAUAAAAUGGUAUCAGUAAAAACAUAGAAUAAUAUAUUUUUAAUGUAAUUUUGAAAAUUCUACCCUAAUGGGGCUUCCAGCACGAAUAGAACAAAGAGAUUAAAUACAGGACAGGAUGCUCUGGAGGGAAGAACCGCAGGGUAGGGAAGGGAAUUCUGGUCCAUAUUAAGUAGAAUGUUCGUGAAAAGCUUUCCAAGGAAGCUUUACAAAGUCUUGGGGCAAGGAAAGGGGCCUGGGGCAGGCCAAGGGCGCAGCUGUGUCCACAUUGGGAGAAAGCAUACAUUGGAGGGACAAGGCAGGACUCAUAAGCCUGUGAGGAGUGUGUGCUGGGGUCAGAGUCGGGGUUGGAACCCUGAUGUCUGUCUGGCAGGCGUGGAGCCUGACUUGUGUUUUAAUCUUCCUGGCUACUGUGGGAGGCAGCGUUUAGUUUGGAACCUGCUUUGGCUCAGGACUCCCUGAUAAUUGAGUUUGAGGUCUCUAAGAUGAAUGACCUUGAGGUUGUGGGGCUGAGAACCACCGCUACUGCAGGAUGUCAUGACCAAGAGAACACCUGCGGUUCUAGCACACACAGUAAAGGACAUGAUAGGGUUAAAUAUGGGGCAAGGUCUCAGAGGACACAUGGGAAAGUAUUAACGUAUGAUUGUCACAGAUUUUCACUUCUCAAUUUUCAAUUCUUAAUUCCAGGUGACAAGAAAGGAACAAAGCUACAAGGGCGUGAGGUCACUGUGGCCAGGGUGACCAUCCACUAAACCGUCAGCAGGGCAGGUUUCUUCCCUCAGUCACUAGAAGGUGCGCGCGCACUCACUCUGGAGACUCUGAGAAUCCAUAAUCAGAACAGCAAAGCAGGCAGCAAAGCAGCCGAAGCAAUAGUCGUCCUUUGCUUAUGGAAAUCCUUUCUUGGGAGCUAGCCCUAUGUGGAGAGUCAUGGCCAGCAGGUGAAGGGUUAAAGUCACACAUAGACCGGCAGGCACCCUUGAGAUGCUUUCAUCAAGUAAGAGCCAUUAGCGGUACAGGCAUGGAUGGGAAGAAAUGCAGCGUGUGGCUCUUUCUACCUCUUGUGUUUACUUUGUUUACUUCAGCUGGCUUGUGGAUAGUGUACUUUAUAGCCGUAGAAGAUGACAAAAUUUUGCCAUUAAAUUCAGCUGCAAGGAAAUCGGGUGCGAAACAUGCGCCGUACAUCAGUUUUGCAGGUGACGACCCUCCUGCGAGCUGUGUGUUCAGUCAAGUGAUGAACAUGGCCGCCUUCCUAGCCCUUGUGGUAGCUGUUCUGCGCUUCAUCCAGCUGAAACCAAAGGUUUUAAACCCAUGGCUGAAUAUCAGCGGCCUGGUGGCUCUCUGUCUGGCGUCCUUUGGAAUGACCUUACUUGGUAAUUUCCAGCUCACGAAUGAUGAGGAAAUCCACAACGUGGGGACAUCCCUGACCUUUGGGUUUGGCACACUGACCUGCUGGAUCCAGGCCGCAUUGACACUCAAAGUCAAUAUCAAGAAUGAGGGGCGAAGAGCUGGAAUCCCACGUGUCAUCUUGUCAGCUGUCAUCACUCUCUGUGUAGUCCUGUAUUUCAUCCUCAUGGCCCAAGAUAUCCACAUGUACGCAGCCAGGGUCCAGUGGGGCCUGGUCAUGUGCUUCCUGGCGUACUUUGGCACCCUGGCUGUAGAAUUCCGGCACUACCGCUAUGAGAUUGUGUGUUCCGAGUACCAAGAGAACUUCCUCAGCUUCUCAGAGAGCCUGUCAGAAGCUUCUGAAUAUCAGACCGAUCAGGUGUAACCCAUCAGUUUGUCCUUGGGGGUGCGGUGGGUGUGGCAACAGGGGGAGGGGCCAGGAUACAGGACUUGACACAUCACCUCACGAUGCUUCUCACACACACGGACACAUACUCACAGCCACAUCUGACAGAAGAGCUUUUCAGGGCAGGUUAUUUCUUGAACAAGCACAAGCCCUCAUGUAUGGAAAUACACGCCGUCAUACCGAAAACAUGCACGACAGAGCCAGAAGCUUGUGCAUGACCACCUCCCUGCCCUCGCCCUCCCAGCAGGCCUUGCGCUUCGCAUCCUCUUCACGGUUCCAACCUGGCAUCUUCCUCCAGCAAAAGUCAGGCCGGCCGAAAGUCAAGCGAAAGUCAAGCCAGCACCCUAAGUCGCCUUCAGCACCGAAGGGCUUGAGGCGAGCACGAGGGGAUAGUUUUGGGUAUGGUACCGAAACUCUUGAGCAGAAACCUGGGAGCAUCUGACCGGAUGCACACAACACUAAAGCUGACAGUGGCCUGAGAGGCGCGGGCAGAGCUGACUUCAUAAGGGUCGGCUUUGUGGAUCCAGAGAGAGAAGCGUGCUACGGAGAGAGAGCAGGAAAAAAGGCUGCCACCAGCAUUUGGACUUGAGUCACUCUGCCUGAGGAAGAUCUCCAAACGUGAACGUUCGCCAGGACGUGUGCCAACGCCGCAAAUGGCACUAGGUGCGGCCGAGAGGGCGUGGCUUGGGUUUUGCUUCCACACUGCAUCAUCCACAGUUCCAGUUUUAUAGCUCAUGGCUUGUGUUUUCUUUAAGUGCCACUCUCGUGGGUCUAUGUAGGCCUCGUGGACCAAAGGCUAGAACCCAGUUUUGGUUUCAAAUAUGAAAGGUGUAUGCCUGCAAGCUUAAUUUAUAUUUGAAGAAAAAAAAAAAAAAGAUUCUCGAAGAAUCUCAAAAGAUACCUGUGUGGGUGGGGGUGGGUGGUAUGAGGGCGCCUGUGGGCUCUGAGGAAAGACAGGACGUUUGCACUCCAACCCUCGUCUGGGUUGGUUGCAAAUCCAACCCAGGGGAGAUUUUCACAUCCAUGUAUUGCUCAAAUAGUAUAGUUUGAGGACUGGGAACCUUUCAAAUUUGGAAAUUAUAGAAGCAAAUUGGAAACAUUGCCCUCCCCCAAAUCACCUUGACACAAACAGAGCUACAAUACUGCUAAGCGCUCAGAGGUGAGCCCAUAGGUGCAGGAGUUCAAGGCCAUCCUAGAUCCCUGUGCCAACAACAGAGCCAAGCGCACAAGCACCCUCCCCCCAACCAAGUGCGCUGUUUCAAAAAAAAUUCUCCCAACUCACAGGGGCCUCGGAUAGCCCAGAAUGUAAUGUGAAAAAUGUCGCUUUGUACAUUCAACCCAAAGUAUAGCUUCCCAAGGAGGGGUUCAAAUGUUACAUCUAAAUCUCUGCUCCCAGCACAGUGCCUAGCACAUAAUGCUCAAUAUGUGUCCACUGAAUAGAUUUACUGCUUUCUGAGUGGCGGUAAGGAGUAUCAAAGAGAUUCAGAGACAAAUGACAGAGUGGAAGCUGUCUCAGGAGUGGAAGAAGAGGGUGGAAUCGUCACUACUGGGCAGGGAAGGGAGCAGGAAUCCUCAGCGGUGUGUGAUAGAGCCUCGAGUAGAGUAUCCUCUUAUUAAAAAGGCGUCCUACUGUAAAUACUCCAGGGUGAUGUUUGUUAGUUUUGAAACUGCUGUGGGGUUUCUUUUCUUUCCUUCUUUUCAUUUUUAUAUUCUAAAGAUUUUAUCAAAGAACAAACAGUUUUAUUUUACUCUACACACUCCAAGUUAGAGAGCUUUUGGUGAUGCACGCCUCUGCUUUCUUAAGAGUAUAUGUAACAGCACAUCUUAACAGAAUCAAGCAAAGACCGACAUUCCUCAUUGGGAUCUGGCCACUAAAUAAAGGUGUUUUAUGCUAAA